AUGGACUCGUUAAUAGACCUUUCGGAGUCAACAGACGCCCUGGACUUGUCACGUAUCCGUUUCCAGUUGAUCCGCCUCGAGGACACCAUCACCUUCCAUCUUAUCGAGCGUGUGCAGUUCCCGCUCAACAAGAACAUCUACAUUCCCGGCGCCGUGUCGAUACCCAGCAGCAACCUGAGCUUCAUGGACUGGUACCUCCAAGAGCAAGAGAAACUUCAAUCGUUGAUCCGCCGCUACGAGUCGCCCGACGAGGUGCCUUUUUUCCCGGACGCCUUGCAGAAACCGAUCCUCGACUCUCUCAAUUACCCACGCAUUCUGUAUCCCAACACAGUCAACGUCAACGAGAAGAUCAAGAAGUUCUACACUGAGAAGUUCCUCCCCAAUGUCUGCCCAGAUUUUGGCCACGGGGACAGGGGUGUCUCACAGGAAAACUACGGGUCCUCGGCAACUUGUGACAUUGCCUGCCUCCAGUCGAUCUCGAGACGCAUUCACUACGGAAAGUUUGUGGCUGAGUCCAAGUUCCAAUCCGAGGCGGAUAAGUUUACCCGCCUCAUCCGUGCUGGAGACCGGGAAGCCAUUGGCGAUGCCAUUACAAACAAGGCGGUGGAGAGGAAGGUGCUAGCACGGCUUAGGCUGAAGGUGCAAACAUAUGGAACUGACCCCUCGCUGGGGCCCGCCAGGUGGGACGAGAACAAAAUCAAUGUGGAUGCUGUGGUAUCGAUGUACGAAGACUUUGUCAUCCCGCUGACAAAGGAGGUCGAGGUCGAAUAUUUGAUGCAGAGGUUAGAUCCGGUGGAUUAG